AUGAAUGUCACCAGGAACCGUCUUGCUGAACCCUGCAUUGUUCAAUGUUUGGGAAGACUGGUUGAAAAGAAAAUAGAGUCGACUUUGAUUUAUCAAUUAUAGAUGGCAGCUAAUCGACCAAGACGACGUACCAGGGAGAUACCUAUAGUUUAUCAUGAUAAUGACAAUUGGAGCACAAAAGAGAAAAGAAGAUAUCAAAGAGCUUUGUUGAAGCAUAGUCCUCUAGAAAUAGGAAAAAUAGCUAAAUGUGUUCAAACCAAAAGUGCAAAGGAGGUAAAGGCCUAUUUAGAACUAAUGGAGAAGAAAGUAAAGAAAAAAGCGGAUGAAAGACCAAAAGAAGCAACAGAGAUGUGGGGUACUUUAGCUUCAGACUUAGUAUCAUGUGAAUUAAAAGAUUAUAGUGAAGCCUUAUCACAGGUAAUGGCUGUAGCAGGGAAUUUAGAAAAUCCUUUUCCACCAGAUUCUCCUGAUGCUCCAGAUUACAGUUCUAUUUAUAGAUACUUGUCCGCUAUUCUUGCUGGGGCGGAUUUACCAUAUUUAGGAUAUCUUGAAAGUAGUAUUGUCCAGGAUCUACUUCAUGGUUUGGUGGACACAAUCAGAACAUCUGAUACCAGUAAACAACAGGAAAUAAUGAUUAACAAAUAUCAUCUAUUGACCAGUAAAAUAGAUAUCAACAAUACCAUGCUCAAUGUUAAGAGGUGUCGUAAAGCUGUAAAUAAUGAUUUUUCUGACUUUGAAAAAGCUGGCAAUGCUCACGAUAGGCCCAACUCACCCAUACUUAUAGAUGAGAGCCUACCAGUGUGUAAUAAAAAGAAAGAAGAGAGCACACCAGUGUGUUAUAAAAAGAAAGAAGAAAGCACACCAGUCAAUAAAAGAAAGAGAGGUAGACCAUCAAAAAGGACAUCUACCUCUUCUGAAACUGUAUCUGCAAACAUGGGACCAGAUGAAUUAUCUACAAGUCAGAAUGCAGAAUCAGAUAAGACAGACGAAAUCUCUAAAACUCCAGGAAAAAAAAUAUCAAGGAAAGAUUCUAGUCAUCUGCCUGAUCCUUCAGGAGAUAGAUCAGGUACAGAAACUCAAACAAAUACUGCAAAAACCAUUCAAUCACCAAAGACCACCAUUAUUCACCCUGAGGGUCAUAGUUCUAAAUCUUCACCACCCAGUACCAGUCAGAACCAGCCUGGACCGUCAGGUGAUACAUCAUUUGGUUCUUCAACAGCCAAUGAAAAUGGUCAAGAUGAAGCAGAUGGAAGUCAAACUGAAGAUAUUCCAAAAAAGCCAUCAUUGUUUACAUUGAACCCAUAUUGUAUUCCUAUAGACUUGAUUAGAUUCAAUCCUUUAGUUUCAGCAACUGUUGUCUUUAACCCUGUUAAAAAGAAUACAACACCGAUUCCAGCGAUUGUACCAAAAACAAAUAGAAAUGCAAAAAAGCACAAAGAUGGAGAAGUCGAUUUGAUUUGUAUGAAUGAGAGAAAAGACAUUAUUGGUAGAGAAAGAUUCAUUUCUAUAACUCGUACUAGUAUGAAUUACGACGACAAUUGAAAAUAUCAGUAAAAAAAGUUAAAUACAAAAACAAGGCCAGUUAGGAUCAUGUCUUUUUACCACUGUAAUAAAGUUUGAAAAAUUA